GAGAGGAUUAUGGGACAGUGGUCGUUGACAACCAGGUAUGGCGUCCCUUCUGGUGGUAUAACGCGUGGAGCGAGUGGCCCAAGGACACCUCGGACGUUUUAGCAGGUUCUUACGGAUCAUGCAUGUCCGACGGCAACUACUGUUUUGGACGGCUGCCCGUUCAACUUAAAGAAUCGUCGACUAAACUCCUAGCGAACGACUCUGAUGGAAACAUGUUCCGCCUUAUCACGAUCAUAGGCAGUGGCCUGUUUAGCGUCAACCCGCAGUCUGGCCGUUUGAAGUCCUCAAACGACGACGCGGAGACGAUCGACGUCGGCGAAAACUACGAGCACGUGCAGGCGCCGACGCUAGCGCCGCGGGCGACCGGCCGACGAGUGGCUACACCUCUCAAGGAAUCGCAACCCGUCGUUCGAAACAACAUCGUCGGCGAAUUCAAGGUCUCCUCUCACCCGGACGACCCCGCCGCCGCUGCCGCAGACGACGAAAAUAUCAUAGCUAUUUCUAACGUUCUCUACAUAGCCGGCGGAGAUGACGGAACCCGGGAGACGUCGGCGCGGAGUAGGAACAGUGAAGAGACGCGACUAGAGAGGAGGGGCAGCGGUCGGCGAGGCCCCGGCGCUGGUCGGAUAUCGAAGCAAGUUGGAGCUCACGAGUGGACGACGCGUCGGCCGGUCGAAUUCCGCAGCAACUCGCGCGUCGUCGCCAACGAAGAGCCGACGGAAGAGGAGCCGAUGAGACCCGCGACGGAGGCGCCCCCGCGCGACGCGACGAAGCUUACCGAUUUUACGUCGGUCGAGACGUCGGCGACGACGGCGAUGAUGUACGACAGCACAUCGAUGCCGACGGAAGAGACGACGCCGACGGAGGCGACGAGCGCGGCGGAAGCAACAACGACGACGACGACGACGUCGGCGCCCGCGCCGGUCGUGAAGCCGGAUCAAGGUCCGGAACACGUGCGACCGCACGAGUCGCGAUCCAGUAUUCCUCUAGGUCGUCCCAAGGUCGCCAACCCUCACCCGCUAGGACGUCCUCCCGGUCGCCAGCUACCACCGAACGUCUUCCUCGUCUCAAAGAACGAACCUCAAGUCACUACCGAGGCAAGCACCACCGUCAGAGCGACCAGGGCCGCGCAGCCACCGCUGAGGGCAAGCGUAGAGGAGGAAGAGGAGGUUGAGAAGGAAGCUGUUUCUCAAGCGGAGGCGAAACCAGCGCAGAAGCCAGUGACGAAACCUCCCAAACCGGAGGAAGCCAAGGCGGAGGAGGAGAAGGAGGAGGAAACGGAAGAGGAGAAGUUCAAUAAGCUAGAGUCGAAGCGGCUCCGCUGGGAGGCGCGUCAGGCGAGACAGCGCGAGCGACAGCGUAAACGCGCCGAGAAGGCAAGCGCCGCCAGAGAGCGCCAGUUUCCCGCGAGAUUCCGAGCACAGGGCGACAGCAGAGGUCGCGGUUACUUCCCGGGAGGCGCACGCCCUCUAUCGGCGCAGUACGGUCGCUCGAACAACGGCUACCGCGCUCCCGUCGGUCAAGGUUACGGCCAAGGCUACGGCCGACAGCGCGGCGGCAACGCGCGGAGAGGCGGCGCUCGCGUCGGCGGUCGCUCGCCGCCAGGUGGCGCCUCCCCCGACCUCUACCUCGGCGCGGUGUCGUCGUCGGAGUUUCAAGGUACCUACCCUCAGAGAGGAACCGUUCUAGACAGAAGCGAGGACGACGGUGGCGACCGAUACAAGGCCGCCAACCAGUACCUGGGAGAGUACGGCACGGACAGAGGCGGCGGCGGCGGCUACGGAGACGAGCGAUACCCAGGGUACGCGAACACCGACCGCAGGAGUUCCGGCUAUCGCGAAUACACAAACGGAUACUACCCUAGCCCUCGUCUGCUUGCCAGCCCCCCGCUGGACAACUACCGAUCCGGAUUCCGCGCUUCCGGCCGACCGCAGCCGGCGCGCGGAACCGGAACCGGAUACGAGCAGCUCGGACGCGUCGGCACCGGAUAUGGGUACCCGGCGGGAAGAGUUUACGGCUUGCAGAAGGUGUCGGGGCGUCGUCGGCUCGUGCCCACCGUCGCCGCGCGUGGCAACGAGUAUCCUGAUCCGACAAGCAACUUCAACAACGGUUUUGCCGUCUAUCGUCAGCAGCAGCUGCAGCCGCAGCCGCAGUAUCCCCAGCAGCCGCAGCAGCCUCAGUAUCAGUAUCUUCAACAGCCGUAUCCCCAGCAGCAGCAGGUCGGCGGUCGGCCAGCACGUCGGCCCGAGGAGGCGCGCGUGCGCGGUGGCGACAACGCCAACGACUACAGCGACUACGGCGGCGGUUACCCGGACUACGGAGACUACGAUGACUACACCUCAUCUCGCGUCGGCCCAGGAGAACCCUUCCCCGACCAGCCCCAGUACGGACUGGUAAAGGUGUCCGGCACCGCGGGGAGGGGCAGCGAGAAAGAGGAGGAGGAGCCCCCGCGAGGGAGGCUGAGAGGAGGUCCGCUUCCCCCGUCCCCGGGGCCACGGAGAGCACCGGGACCUCCCCCCGCGCAGCCGCAGUACGGACUAAUCAAGGUGUCUGGGACGGCAGGGCAGGGCGGAGAAGCAGAAGAAGAGGAGGAGGGAGGAGAGGAGGAGGGGGGCUACCUCGGUCCGCCCGGACGAGGGAAUCCGGGGUUCGAGGGACGAGGAGGGUACUACGGGCCGCCGCCUAGACGGGGGCAGCCGUCGUUUGGGUGGGAGGCGCCUCAGGGUGCGGGAAACUAUAAUCAGGGCAGAGCGAGACAACCGUUCUAUAGGCGGCCAUCUUACUAUGCAUGAUCAGGGGAAAAGUUUCUCCCGCUUUCUGCUCUGAUGACCCAUCCAGUGACCGUGUCGCGUGUAACAGACCACGGCAUACCGUUAUAUCAGUGGUUCUUAACCCUUUUUUAAAGUCAUGGACCCCUUUGAGAAUUUGUUAAAAGCUAUGGAUCCCCCCCCCAAAUGCGCAUAAGCACAAAAUUUUGCAUGCGCCUGGUUCACGGACCCCCUGGAGCCCAUCCACCGACCCCCAAAGAGGUCCAUGGACCACAGGUUAAGAACCCUGCCUUAUAUUCUCUCUCGAUAUAUAUUAUAUAUAUAUUUUUACUAUACCCGCCGUCACAUGUCUGUAUCAGUGGGUUGCACAUCACAGCGCAUAUUUAACGCUCACAGUUUUGUAAACAUUCGAAUAUUCGUUUUCGCACGUCGUAGCCGCAUGUAUAGACAUAGCAAAUCGCAUUUACAGCAAAUCUUAUUUACACACACAGUCUACCUGAGGGAUCACAUGGGAUGCGAUGGGACACUAUUUGUCAUAGGAAGAUUCUUCAUAUGACAAAUAUUUGCGAGUCAACUUCGUUCC